AUGUCUGGACCUCCUGUCCAGAGUCAUGGCUUUCAAACCUCAGUGGAUACCGCCCGUCAACAGACAACAACCAUCGCUGGAUUCAAGCGACCGCGCCAAAAUUCGGUCUACACGGAACCUGCGACAUCUGUGACAACCUCUAUUACUGCCGCCGCCGCUGCUGCUGCUACUGCUGCUGCUCCCAGAUCAACAGGAACGAGACACAACAACGAUCCCCCCAGUCCCAAACGGCGGCCGGUAAAUUUCAUUCGAGCGCCGGCAGCCACUCACGAGAUACGCAUCGCGGCUAGCCCGAUUCGAUCGACUGCUAAUAAUAAUGCUGUCAGUGCAAUCCCGUCCUUGGCACCGCCGCCUGCCCCAAGCCAAUCAGCAGCCACCAGCAACCCCCUGCUGUCUCUCCAACAUCCUAAAUAUGGCCUGCCACCGGCACUAGUCGCCAAUUUUCAGGCUGUCGGCAUCCACAGUAUUUACCCAUGGCAGGCAUCCUGUCUACUUGGUCGCGGCCAUUUGACCGCCGAGAAAAAUCUGCUCUAUACAGCGCCUACAGGGGGCGGUAAGUCGUUGGUAGCGGAUGUAUUGAUGCUCAAAAGAGUUAUAGAGAAUCCUCAUCGCAAGGCUAUUCUAGUGUUGCCGUAUAUUGCGUUAGUGCAGGAGAAGCUAAAAUGGCUUCGUCGCAUUGUUCAGGACGUCGAAAAAAAUGUCGACACACCCGAUUCUGCGAAACAGAAAUGGAAACAGCCAUCAAAGGAGAUUCGUGUCACCGGAUUUUUCGGUGGGAGUAAAUCACGAGCUACCUGGGCCGACACUGAUAUCGCUGUUUGUACCAUUGAGAAGGCAAAUGCUCUGGUCAAUACGGCCAUCGCGGAGUGUAACAUCGAUGACCUGGCCGUAGUGGUGGUGGAUGAAAUACAUAUGCUGGACGAUGACAGUCGCGGUUAUCUGCUGGAGUUGAUGGUCACGAAGUUGCUGCUGUUACAACAAGAUAUUCAGAUCAUUGGCAUGAGCGCUACUCUUUCCAAUACCGAACUGCUUGCUGAAUGGCUUCGCGCUUCUUUUCAUGCUUCAACGCAUCGGCCAGUGCCGAUCGAGGAAUACUUGGUUUACGAAAACUCAAUUUAUCCGGCCAUUAGUUCCAAGGAAUUCUUUCAAACUGCCACAAAGCUACAGUCAGUACAGGAUACUGUACCACCCUGCCGACGGAUUGACCAGUCCCCUUUUAAGGCGUUGAGCCAUCCUACCGCAAACGCAAUGGUAUCACUGGCUAUUGAGACAGCUACUGCGGGUUUUGGAGCGUUGGUAUUUUGCGGCAGUCGACAUGCCUGUCAGAUGAAUGCACAAUUGAUCAGUGAAGCGAUGCCUUCACCGUCGACACUAGAUUCGGAGCUUUUGGAGAGGCGACUGGAUCUGUUGGAUGAGUUGGGAAGUCUGCCAUGUGGAUUGGAUCCUGCUUUUCAGAAUACUAUCAUCAAGGGGGUUGCAUUUCAUCACGCCGGAUUAACCACUGAAGAGCGUGAUUUGGUUGCCGAAGCAUAUGACCAGGGCACCAUCAAAGUGAUCGUGGCCACAUGCAGUCUUGCAGCGGGCGUAAAUCUGCCUGCCAGACGGGUCAUUAUGCAAGGUGCCAGGAUGGGUCGUGAUAUCGUCGGGCCUGCAUUGUUACGACAGAUGAGAGGACGCGCAGGACGCAAAGGAAAGGACACCGUUGGUGAAACAUACCUCAUCUGUCAACAGGCGGAUUUGGAAGCAAUCUCUGAAAUCUGGGAUGCCGAGACCCCGGCUAUUGAUAGUUGUUUGGCACAGGAUAACAAGGGUGUCAAAAGGGCACUGCUAGAAGGCAUCGCUACACGCCUGGUAUCCGGCUGCGAAGCAAUCGACGAAUUCAUGCGAUGCACACUCCUCUGCAAAACACGCUCAGAAGCCGAAAUGGAAAAACUAAUUGACUCCAGCUUACAAGAACUAAUCGACACAGAAUUAAUCCAUCUCCGCGACGACGGCAACAAUUCCUACGAAUCGACAAAACUAGGUGCCGCUAUUGUCGCAUCUUCUUUUGCGCCCGAUGACGGAGUCUUUGUAUAUGAAGAACUCAAACGGGCUCUUCAGGCCUUUGUCAUGGAUGGCGAGAUGCAUAUCUUUUACAUGUUUACGCCGUUGAGUGUUGCUAUGAAUACGAAUAUUGAUUGGCUUAUUUUUCGGGAUCAGUUGGAUCUUUUGGAUGAGAGUGGCAUUCGGGCCUUGUUGUUUGUUGGAGUACAGCCUGGGUUUGUGAAUAAUAUGGUACACACUGGACGGAAUUUCAAGGAAGAUGAUCCGAAACAACAGCAGUUAUCUAGAAUAUACCGUCGAGCAUACGCCGCAUUCCAAUUGCGUGAUCUUUGCAACGAAGUCCCUUUAUCGACUAUUGCAAGCCGAUACAACGUUCCACGAGGCAUCGUACAGACCCUAGCGCAAACAUGUCACGGAUUCGCAGCAGGGAUGGUAAAAUUCUGCCAAAGAAUGGGGUGGGGUAUGCUCGCCGUUGUCCUUGAGCAUAUGCGCGACCGACUUCAAGCCGGAGCCCGCGACGAUCUUCUCGAAAUGGCUCAAGUGACCCAUGUCAAGAGUUGGACAGCUAGAUUAUUAUGGGAGAAUGGGUUUCGGAGUGUACGGGCAUUAGCAUCUGCGGAUGCGAAGGAUAUUGUCCCUGUUCUCAUGAUGGCUCGAUCUCGGAAAAGUCAGUCUCAGACGAAUACGGAAAAAGAGGUUGAACGGCAUGCGGCGAAAUUGGCUCGUAAGGCAGAGGCGAUUAUUGCAUCUGCCAAUAAGAUAUAUGAACGCCAAAUGCAGGUUGAGAUUGAUGAGUAGUCAAUCUCGGCUCAAUUCUACCAUCAUUUAAGUGUGUAUAUAUAUACUGGACAAAUAUCAUACCCCAUUAAUUGCAUUCUGUGCCCCAAUCCCAUCCCCUUUAUCCGUCCAAUCCAACAAUAUCCCAUUUGGCGCACGUCCAUACAACCCUUCACAGAGCUGUGCCUGGGCACCGAUACUACCCGUCCCCGAAACAGCAUUCGUAGUAGCCGCAUCAGCGCGAUCGGGGAUAUCAAUGCCCAAAAUGUCUUCAUCUAGGAAAUGAUUGACGAUAUACAUACGACCAUCAGCACUUGCGCCUGAGGGACGAUUGAUACUACAAUCCGAGAAAGUGGAGUCCGUGACGUCGAAGGGUGUUUCGAAGUAAUACGAGAAUUCGUCGAGGAUGUAUGGGACUGAAGACAUAUCUGCGCCGUAGUCUGAUCUCGUCAGUUCCCUUUCCUCUAUUCUGAAAGGUCAAGAAAUACCUAAGAAAGCAACAACCCUCUUCCCCUGAUCAAUCAAUUCCUGCAACGUGGGCCACUGUCCCAUCGGCAACACACCGGGACUCGUACUCGGCACAAACGCAUACCCAUCAAUCCCACUCUCUUCAAACGCCGCACUAAAAUUCCCAAUUCCGACAUUAUCGCCAUUCGUAACUAGAACCAUCACAACCUCCUGCGGGUGCGAAUCCAGCCAGACUUUAAUCUCUGAUAAGAACCCCGAAAGAGGGCCAGCGUCUUCGAGUAUACAGCUCGUAUGACACAUUGUUAAUUCAUUGAGGAAGUAGUGUGUUUGGCCCUGCAGGAAGCGAAUGCCCAUGUCUAGUUGAGCGGUUAUGUUGAUGUUUUGAUUGUCGCUUAGCCCACUGCCGAUGAAGGGGCUGUCGUGGGCGCCGAUGAAGGUUAUGUUGGAAAAGGGGCGGCUGCAGUAGGCGGUUUGGCCGUUGCAUUGGGCUGCUGCUGCUGCUGCUGCUGUGAGCAGGCUAAAUGCUGUUGUGAGACGCAUCAAUAUUGUUGGUUGUCUGGGUGUGUUGUUAGAUACUGUUUUUUUAAUGGUGUAUAUAAUCUCGAGGUUUAGUACCCAUAUAAUGAGAGAUUUGAAUACAUCCUAUCUUC